AUAAAAAAUUCUUUUUAUAUACAGAGAGGCCUUUUCUUUUUCAGUCUGAUAAGAAGAAUUAUUAUUUGUCUAUCUUCAAAUUCUUUUUUAAGAAUAUGAAUAAGUAUAGAAAUUAACCUAUUUUCUAUAAUUCCAUUAAUUUCAAUUAACCAAAAAAUUUUUAGAGAAAAAUCAACUAUAAUAUACUUUUUAAUUCAAGGAAUUUCCUCGAGAAUUAUUAUCAUUACAAUUAUUAGAAAUAUUAAACUUACAAAGAGAAUUAUACUAAUUUUUAUUUUUAUAGCAAUUUUUAUAAAAUUAGGAUUAUCCCCCUUUCAUUUUUGAAUAAUUUCCAUAAUUGAAGGAAUUAAAUGAAAUCUAGCAUUUAUUAUUAUAACAGUACAAAAAAUUAUCCCAAUUUGUAUCCUAAUAUUUUUUAUUCAUCAAAAAAUAAUUAUCUUUAUAUGUUUAAUAAAUUCAAUAAUUGUAGCUUUGAGAGGAGUCACAAUAUAUUCAAUACGAAAACUUAUAGGAUUUUCUUCAAUUAAUCAUCUGAGUCUUAUAUUAAUUUCUAUAAUCUUAUCAAAAAAAAUUUUUAAAAUAUAUUUUUUAAUUUAUUCUUUAAUAACUUUAUCAGCAACAAAAUCAAUACAAUUAAUAAAUAUAAAUUUUCUAUCACAAACAAUAACAAUUUUUAAAAUAAGAAAAAUUAAUAACCUAAAUAACUUAAUUAUUUUUUUGAGAAUGGCAGGUAUCCCACCAUUUUUAGGCUUUAUACCCAAAAUAAUUACAAUUAUAUUAAUAAUAAAAAGAAAUAUAAUUUUUAGAGUUCUAGUAAUUCUUCUUUUAAAUACAAUUACCACAUUUUUAUAUUUACGAAUUUCAUUAAACAACAUUUUAAUAAACUUAAAUUUUAAAAAGACUUUUAAAGUUAAAAAAAAAACUAAAUUACCAUUAUAUUUAUUAUUUUCUCCCUUAUAUUUAUUAAUAUCAU